AUGGGUUAAUCGAAAAUAGGCCCAUCAAAUUCAGAUAGGUCUUUUUCAUCAAAUAAAUUUUAAUUUGAUAGAUAAUUCACUUUUCAUGAACCAGACAAUUAUGACUUAUUAAAUAAGGCUUUAAACUUUAGUAAUGAAAACUUAAUGAUUCAUGAAUGUCUUUUCGUAAAUGCUCAUCUUUUUUCUAAUUGUAAGUUUACUUUAAACUCAUUAUACAAUCUAAAAGAUAUCAAAAACCUUUUACAAAAAGAAAAUAAAAUAUUGACUUUUUAACAUGAAUUUGAAAGAAUAAGUAAAGAUUUUAGAUUUAGAUCAAAUAAUAUUACUUAAAACACAAGAAUUUAAGAAGUUGAUUUUAAAGAACUCUAUAAUUAAUCCAAUUCUUUUCAAAAUUAAAAUAUACCAAUCUUGGAUAGUUUUGGAACUAAUAAUUCAUAUAAUUAAAUUCCAAAUAGAGGAAGAUAAAGUAAUCAUAGAUUUAAAAAAUCAGAACAAUCCUCUUCUGAAGAUUUUACAGAUAUAGAAAAUAAAAGUAAGUCUCCUAGUCCAAUUAAUAAAUCAUAAGAUAAUUUUAAGAAAAGUAAUGUAAUAUUAAAAAAAAAUUUUCCUUCAGAUACAGAUAGUGGAUAAGAAUAAAAAUAUAUAAAUAAAGAUAAUAGUAGAAUUAUUAAAGAUAAAAAACCACAAAAUUUUGAUGAGACAUCUGUUUAAUUUAAUAAUUAUUAAUUUGAAAUAGAUUAAGAAGAAUAAGAUUUAGUAUUUUAAGUGAAUUCAGAUCUAAUGAAUUUGAAAAGCAGAAUCGAGUAGUAAAUUGGGCCUUCAUAUAAAAAUAUCCCUAAGUCAGAAAUAUUUACAUCCAACUAUUAAAAACUUUUAGAAAAAUAAAACAACCAAUAAGUAAUACAGUUUUACUAUUUUAUUAGUAAAAAUAUAAUUAGAAAAGCCCCUUAAUUGAAUUUUAAGGUGAAGAAAAAUAAUAAUUUUAAUAGAACUAUUCCUCAUCCAAUAAAUAGAUUAAAUAAUAACCAUAAUAAUAAUAGAAUUUUCUUCAAGAAGAUAGACAAUUAUAUUUAUAAAAUUAUUCUUAAAAUAACUUUUCUGAAAAAAAAGAGUUGACUAAACCAGAUCAAUUAAAAGGAGUUUCAAUAAAAAUUAAUUCAAAUAUGUAAUCUCCUAAACAAAGUUUAAUUUAUAAACCUAUAGUAUAAAAAGAAUUUUAAGUUCAUUUGGAUAGUUCAAAUACUUCAAGUGUUUAUAAACCACCUUGGGAUGUGAAUUAAGUGAAAAAAUAAUUUCCAAAUGAAAGUAAUUCCUCUGCUUGCUUUGAUGAUAUAUAUUCACAAAAAAGAAAACAUUAACAAUAACAACAAUAGCAAUAAUAACAAUAAUAAUAAUAAUAGACUCCUAAUCAUAUUAAAAUUGACGUAAAAUAAUUUUAAUAGAAGAAAAAAUGA